GCAGAGCAGGUAGAAUGUGGGAGGAACGACAGAAUCCUGGGAUCUGAGUCAGCAGCUGUUCAGGUUUUUGCCGGCUGUUCCUCAACUUCCGUGGAUCCACCUCAGAUCUCCACAUCCACACAGAGAACAAUGACUCCGGGCUGCACCGACGCGUCCUAAAGCGUCUUCUGCAUGAAAGAAGAAACGCAGCAGACAGGAGGGACCCAUCUUGACUCGCGGAGUUCUUGUUCUUCCUAAGGCGUCAUGUCAGUCAGAGUUUCAGCCAUGAGCGUUCUUCCUCCUGUUCGACGGGACCGAGUCAUCCCUCAGCUCCCUCAGUCUUUCAGAAAAGAGGCUGCUCUCCACACUGAGAAUGACUUUAGUAACAAAGUGAAGACCGCCUGCCAGGAGCAGCGGACCGGCACCGUGGGAUUUAAAAUAUCGAAGGUGAUUGUUGUGGGUGAUCUGGCUGUGGGGAAAACCUGCCUGAUUAACAGGUUUUGCAAGGACGCCUUUGAUAAGAACUACAAGGCAACGAUCGGCGUGGACUUUGAGAUGGAGCGCUUCGAGGUGCUCGGAGUUCCUUUCAGCCUGCAGCUGUGGGACACCGCAGGCCAGGAAAGGUUCAAAUGCAUCGCUUCGACGUACUACAGAGGAGCUCAGGUUGUGAUAAUCACAUUUGCUCUAAAUGACAUCGCCUCUUUGGGCCACGCCAGGCAGUGGCUGGAGGACGCCCUAAAAGAGAACGACCCCACUGGUGUCCAGCUGUUCCUGGUCGGCACCAAGAAAGACCUGAGUACUGCUGCUCAGUAUUCUCGGAUCGAACAGGACGCCCUGAAAUUUGCAAAGGAAAUCUGCGCCGAGUAUUGGGCCGUGUCCUCGCUGACGGGAGAAAACGUGAAGGAGUUCUUCUUCCGAGUUGCCGCCUUGGCAUUUGAGACGAACGUUCUGGCCGAGUUGGAGAAAAGCACAUCGAGGCAGAUCGGAGACGUCGUCAAGAUCAGCAGCAAUUCAGGAAACCUGUACGCCUCGUCGAAGAAGAAGCAGCCCUGCUGUCGGUGAGGACAGGGAGUUUUAGCAAGUCGUCCAGCUCAGCAGGAGGAUUCCUGUGGUCAGAGCCGGCGUUCCACUUCCUGGCUGGUGGAGGGGCUUUACGGAGCCAAGCAGGAAUGAUGGAAUUUAUGAUGAUGCUGCCAAAACAUGACUGGAUUAUUCAUUUGCUUCAAGUUUUAGUUUAAACGUCAGACUUUUCGGCUUCCUUUCCUUUUUGUCCUUUAAACGAGUUUUUAUUAUAAACCCUGAUGUUUUUGUGGCUGUAUCUGAGUAAAGGACCAGGACUUAUUAACACGUGGGACAAAACAUUUUAUUUUGUUUAUCUGAGUAUUAUUAACUAGAGUCUGUGACAUAAAUCAUUUUAACAGGUAUUUUUAUUAUAAGCAUGACUGUUUUGUUUUUAUCUGUGAAUAUUUAGUCAUCAGCUUUUAAUUUGAUGUCAUAAGAGAUAACCUCGUCAAGUUCUGUAAAAAUGAGAUUUGACUGUAUAUUCUAUAUUAUAAUAAAGCAAACUAAACUA